CAAAACUCAACCUCGUCAUUGGCAGGCUUCUUUUGAAAAGCACCUCUCUUUACUUUUGGAUAAUUGUAAUUCGCUUUCAGCUUUUGAGGACAUUUCUUCAGUCCCAUGAUACGGAAGCUUUAUAAAUGAGCGUUAUUUUCCCGGAAUCUUCGUGCUGAUAUGCUUUCCCCGGAUGUUGCACGCCUCUGAACAUUGUGAUUAGCACGAAGACACUAUCCGCUGCCAGGAAACAGGCCAGCGUCAUCCUGGGUAUAUUGGCGCACUUGUAUGCAGCAUGCCGUCCGACCCUUCGAACAGCACAUCGGAGUCCUCAAACUAUACGACCGUUGCUGCUGUAGCUCCAGCUUCAGGUCCAGCUCCGCUUUCAGUACCUGCUCAGACUCCCUCCCCUCCUCGAUCUCCUACCCAGAAACCCAGGAGUUCCAGAAACCCAUCCGUCACGUCUAUUGGCCGAAAAAGCCAUGCGCCGCAUCAUCCGUCGGGAUUGAGACAGUCCAGAGUCCCUGGCGAAUCCUCAAGUCCCGAGAUAUCCAGGACGGGCGCCUUCUCGAGUCGAGACAGUGCUGGCAAGAGACCAACUUUUCAAGGCGACAACGGUAUACAAACAACAGAAUCAGAAAGAGCGGGCAUCGAGGAGGACUAUCCGGAUCAACACGCUGAAGCACAUUCAUUCUGCUCCGGCCAUUCUCACGAACCUAAUGUCCACACACGCUUGCUGAGCGAGCACAACUGGGACAAUGCUUCUGGGUGCGGAGAUGAAAACUGUCGUCAUGGGAGCUUCUCUAUUCGGCCAACCAGCCCCCGCCAGGGUAGCUUCAGGAGCUAUUGCACAUUCCAUUCCGGCGUUUCAGAAGAAGGAUUUGGCGGAGCAUAUCCGGAUCCCUCAGCAGGCGGUCUCGGUGAUGCGGUAGAUGCCACACAUGGUCUUCUUGGCGACGCUAUAGCCGAUGGUCUGAUGGGAGGCGGGGAUGGAAACAAGAUGAGUAUAACCAAAUACUUGGCGAAGCGACACGGCGUGAAGGCUCGGCGCAGAAUGUAUAUCUUUUACUACAUUCCAUUCCUUAACUGGAUUCGCCAGUACAAGUGGGCAUACCUAAAAGGCGACCUAGUUGCCGCAGUUACGAUGGCGUCAUUCUAUAUCCCCAUGUCUCUGUCGUACGCCUCAAACCUCGGCCAUAUCCCGCCUGUCAAUGGCCUGUACUCCUUUGUUUUCAAUCCCUUCAUAUAUGCUUUGCUAGGCACAUGUCCACAAAUGGUGGUUGGACCUGAAGCUGCCGGCUCUCUGCUCACAGGGCAGGUGGUACGGGAGAAUAUAAGUAAAAAACAUUGGAAUGAUGACGACCAGACACGAAACGCACAAAUCGCUGGCAUGACUACGUUUAUGGCCGGUGCAGUCAUUUUGCUCGCCGGAAUUUUCCGCCUAGGAUUCCUUGAUAAUGUUCUGAGCCGGCCUUUUUUGCGAGGCUUCAUCAGUGCAAUCGGUAUUGUGAUCCUCGUAGAUCAAUUGAUACCGGAGAUGGGUCUGCAAAAGAUUGCUGGUUCAAGUGUAGAACACGGAAGCUCGGUGGAUAAGCUAAUCUUCAUCAUCCGAAACGGGAAGUAUGCACAUGCCUUGACUUGUGCUGUAAGUUUCGGUGCGUUGGCUAUCAUUAUGGUCUGUCGAGAAGUGAAAAAACGUAUGCAACCGCGAUAUCCUUCCGUGGCAUAUAUUCCGGAUCGUUUCAUCAUCGUCGUCCUGUCUGCGAUAUUAGCCUGGCAAUUUGAUUGGGAAUCGAAAGGUUUAGACAUUCUUGGCGAUAUUAAGGCAAGGGGGAAACCGUUCCCAGUGCAUUUUCCUCUGGACAUUGAUCAUCUGAAAAAUGCUUCCGACGCAUUCUCAACCUCAUUUGUUAUUGCACUGCUUGGAUUUUUUGAAAGCAGCGUUGCAGCGAAGUCAUUGGGAAUUGGAGAAAACAAAAAGACUGGAGCUGGAGGAAUAAAAAACAUGCAUCUCAGUGCCAACCGCGAGCUUGUAGCUCUCGGUGUAGCCAAUGUCGUUGGCGGACUGUUCAUGGCUCUUCCGGCAUUUGGUGGAUAUGGAAGGAGUAAGGUCAAUGCUAGUACGGGAGGCAGGACACCGAUGAGCAGCAUCUUUCUAAGUUUGAUCACGGUGGCUGCUGUUCUAGUGAUGCUACCGUGGUUUUAUUACCUGCCUAAGGGAGUGCUCUCCGCAAUGAUAUCUGUGGUAGCGUAUUCUCUUCUCGAGGAAGCACCUCCAGACAUACUAUUUUUUAUUCGGCUUCGCGAUGUCUCUUCGCUUUUGCUGAUGUCUCUCAUCUUCGUCUGCACAAUAUUCUGGAACCUGAAGAUCGGCAUUGCCGUCGGCAUUGGGCUCUCCAUCUUGCGCGUGUUGAAGCAUUCCACCCGACCGCGAAUUCAGAUUUUGGGACGUGUUCCAGGUACCACGGACAGGUUUGAGAAUGCAGAACGGGCAGGGGUCAACGUUGAAUUCGUGGAAGGGGUGCUGAUUGUAAAGAUACCAGAGCCCUUGACAUUUGCAAACACAGGUGAUUUGAAGGCACGUCUGCGCCGAUUAGAAGAACAUGGAACUGGCAAAGCGCAUCCGGCAUUACCACCUAUUAGGAGGUCAGAUCACAACAGAAACGUUGUAUUUGAUAUUCACGGUGUCACUUCACUUGAUGGCGCCGGGGCUCAGAUCCUCAUGGAAAUUGUUCGCGGCUACCGGGAUCGGGGUGUCCGCGUGUUCUUCUGCAGAGUGCCUGGCGAGAGCACUCACGUUUGGUCGCUUUUUGAACGAAGUGGCAUCGUUGCCCUAUGCGGGGGUAAAACCCACUUUGUCAACAGUGUGGCUGAAGCACUGAGAUUAACAGAGAUAGAAGAAUUGCGAUAUGGCGAAGAAGAAAGCAGGCUGCGGUUCAAUUCAUCUUAGUGAUCGCAGAGCUGCUUUCAAAUGUAAGAUAUUGUCGAAUACUGAUCGCGCAUCCUGAUAAGAGUUCAAAGGAAAUACUUGCAGCACCUUCACUUUGAUGACGAGGUGCGGUUCUGGUCAAUCGGAACGUUUAUGUUAAUCAGUUCUAUCUUUGUAAACACUACCUGACCAGAUAUUUCAAUUGGCACAUGAUCGCAACAAGAUUCAACCAACUCGGAUCAUUUGUGAAUACAAGGGUCGAAAUUGAAUCAACGAUAAGGUUAUCUAAGGUUCAAGCGAGCGGUCUCGCGCUGUAGAAUUUACAUGCUUCCUGGUAACCAAACCAAUGAGUGAGAAUGUCUUGC